GGGACCCUUUUUCAUUUUAUUUUUGUUUUGUGUCCUACUCCUCCAACUUCAUUUUGCAAAUUGCAGGCUCGAUAUGAGUAUUGUAUGAUUAUGAUUAUGAGUAUAUGAAUAUGAGUAUGAAUAUGAAUAGGGCUGCUGCCAGACCAGCGCUACUCAACAACUCUCAGUCUAACCCUUUUAAUAUCAGGGCCGCUCUCGCUCUCUUCCAUUCGACUCCCCUCUUGGAUCGCAGGAGACGCACCCAUUGGGAUUCUGUUAGUCUCUCUCUCUCUCUCCCUAUGGUGGAGGUGCCUAUAGAGAUUCAUCCAAGAGAUCUAAUCACUACUCAAAAAGGUUCAGAAAGCUGCAUUCAAAACAAACAUUGUUGCGCAACGUCAGUGCUUUUGCGGAGCACCUAUUUCAGGUUUCAGAGCUGGCAUAAUGGUUUUGAUGAAUAUGAUCCAUCUUCAAGUCAAGGCAGCUCAACGUUUAGAUGUGAAUACGGGGCUAAGGUUCCCAAAGGGGGCAGGACUGGCACCAAAGGAUCCCAUUCUUCAGGAAACUUCCACUUCUGCAAAGAUGAUAUUGACGUUGAGACCAUUUUUCGAUCUUCAUUUGGUGGAAACCGACACUUCUAUUGGUCCUUUGUUGAUGAAGACUUUUCUCGAUGGAGGAGUUCAUCAGGUUACUCUAAUAACUAUAGGACCUCUUGGAACUGGAGACAUGGGGAUGAAGAGGAUUAUGACUCAACAGAGUCAGACAGUUCAGAGUCAGAUUGGGCAUCAGACCGACUGGCCCUAGGUUUGAGUGCUUAUGGUCCAUUAAAGCUGGAAGAUGUUAAAAAUGCAUAUCGAGUGUGUGCACUGAAAUGGCAUCCAGAUCGUCACCAAGGCUCUUCCAAGGCUGUUGCCGAGGAAAAGUUCAAGGCUUGCAGCUCAGCGUAUCAAUCAUUAUGUGAUAAGCUGCUGGUUGUAAAUUAACAAUUCUUCACAGCAUGCUGGUCUGAAUACUGGAUCCAUUCAUCUCUCCUAGUUUUUUUCGCACUGUCCUGGUAAUUCAGUUGAAUUCUGUACUCAAAUCUAGUUUAGGAAAAUCGUGCUGGGAUCACACAUGAUUUUUUCAGGGCACCAACAAUCCUAUGUUGGCAAUAACAAAUGCCGUUUUUGCAUUAUAAAGAUGUAACUGUUCUUUCAUAUUAAAUAUUUCUUCUUGAGGAUCUGUAUCAUAUUGGAACUGCAGUUCGUUUUUGCUUUUCA